UUCAAUAAGUGAGUUGUUCGCUGAGUGGAAAAACAUGAAUUUAAAGCAUCCCAAAACCGGCAAGAGUCUGCAGAUCAAUGAGUUUUGGCUGCGUGAUCAUUGCAGAUGUGGAGAUUGCUUGAAUUUGGACACAAAUCAACGGCGCUACGAUCUCCUAGAUCUGCCAGAUGAUAUCACAUCUCUGAGUACGAAGUAUGAGGGAAAUCAAUUACUAGUUCAGUGGAGCGAUGGCCAUCGGUCCAGUUACGACCUGGACUUUAUCUUUGAUUCUCAGCUGGAUCAGUUGAUAGGCCGGCGGUCAAAGUACACUUCCCCGACGGCCUGGAGCCGCAGCAUUAUCACGCAGAACGAGCGAAACCUACGCUUCUCGCUGCCCCAACUGGUGUCCAGCGAUGCGGUGGUCAAGUCUCUGGUGGAGUCCCUUGUACGCUAUGGCAUUAUCUUCAUCGAUGAGGUGCCACCCAACCCCACUAUGACUGAGCUGGCUCUGCGCCGCGUCUUUCCCCUGAUGAAGACCUUCUUCGGUGAGAUGUGGACGUUCAGCGAUAAGCCCGAUCAUGCUGAUACAGCCUACACCAAGCUAUAUCUGGGCUCUCACACCGAUAAUACAUACUUCUGCGAUGCUGCCGGACUGCAGGCUCUGCACUGCAUCGAGCACUCGGGUUCUGGAGGUGAAAACUUCUUCGUGGAUGGUCUGUAUGUGGUGGAGGAACUGAAGAGACGCUUUCCCGAUGCCUUUGAGACCCUGUGUAGGGUUCAGGUUCCCGGGGAGUAUAUAGAAAAGGGCGAGCAUCACCGUUACACGGCGCCUGUCAUACAGUUGGAUCCCCUGACCCAGGAAUUCGUACAGCUCAGGCUCAAUGUCUACGAUCGUGCUGUGUUCGAUACCCUGCCUCAGUCGGAGAUGGCUGGGUUCUACAAGAGUCUGCGACAGCUGUUGCAGCUCGUAAGGCAGGAGCAGGUUCAGUGGAAUCUAAAGUUAGUUCCAGGCAGCAUUGUGCUCUUCGAUAACUGGCGGGUGCUUCAUGGGCGUCAGGCUUACACCGGAAGUCGCACCAUGUCCGGCUCCUAUGUGCAGCGCACGGACUUCCUGAGCAAGGCUCGUGUGCUGGGAAUAAUCGAAUAAAACCGAGCACCUCGUCUCUUUCAUCUUGAUCCCUGAUUGCCCGCCCGGACCGAGAGCCCUUCUCCAAUUCAAUUUCGAUUGCAAAUGCCAACGCAUCAU